AUGGCGCCUAAAGAGCUUGUGGAGAUGAAGAAGCAGCUAGAAGAGAUACUUCAGAAAGGGUUCAUACGUUCGAGUAACUCCCCGUGGGGAGCACCCGCGAUCUUUGUCUCCAUGAAAGAUGACACUCUCCGUAUGUGCAUAGAUUAUAGAGAGCUGAAUAAGUUGAAGGGAGCAGCCAUGUUCUCUCUGUUUGAUCUCAGAACGAGUUACCAUCAGAUGGGUGUGUUAGAGGAAAAUAUACCGCUUACUGUUUUUCGGACCCGAUAUGGGUUGUACGAAGUUCCUAUGCAGAAUUUAGAUGGAUUUCUCGUCAGCAAGCUUGAUGACCUUAUAGUGGAUUUGAUCGAUGAUUGUCCUACUGAUUGGUCUGUGGACUCAGAUAGGGGAUUGCAAUUCAAGGGUAGGUUGUGUGUACCUAACAUUGUUGAAUUGAGGAAAGAGAUUAUAGAUGAUGCCCAUAGAUCACGAUAUACCAUUCACCCUAGUGGGACUAAGAUGUAUCAUGAUCUAAAGAGGACGUUUUGGUAG